CUCAGCCGUCGUACACUCACUGCGUGACCUAGAUUCCCCCGCCGCCGCAACACAUCAAUACUCGUUUACUCACACAGCGCGUCAGCCGUCUAGUGUCUGGUGUUUGGAGGGGCGUGUGUGUUGUGUGUGUGUGUGUAGCCUGCAGUGUCUCUUUCUCUUUCCGAGGGAAGGACACAUUAUAUCUCUUGAGAGUUGUUUCUUGCCCAGUGUCGACUUGGCCUAACAUUCCAGCGUCCGGUGGGGAUUCUGUGUUGUUGUAUACAAAUUUGUGGUUUUUGUUGGUGGUAUUUUGUGUGGCCUUCACAUUUUCUCUGACGUGUGCGAAGCAAGGAGGCGGCACGGGCACAGAGGAAAGGGACGUUUCUCAUUGAGUGAGGUUGAACUUCAGCCUUUCAUUGAAGGAGAUUGUCACGAGAGUGGAUCCCCUCUCCCUCUCUGUCCUGUCACACUCUCUGGAUACGUUUGUCAUCAGUGGGCAGUGAGUGUCGUCACCAAGCACGUGAGCACUCACCUCUAGUCUUACUCUAGAUCUUUGACUUUGAGGGCCCAGAAUUUGCUAGAACGGUUGUCUUGUAGCUCCGUUGAGGGCGUUCAUUCGUCCUUUAUAAUAAUUAUAAAGACAGAUUUAAAAGGAAACGAGUGACCCUUUAUUAACGCAGUGGGUGCAUCAUCAGCGCAUGCAUACGCACAGUGGAGUGAUAAUCUUUGGAUCUAUUGGCCAUUAUUAUUGAGCUAUCAUCGAUAGAAAGGAAACUCGUGCAGACGUCAUGGACAGCCUACUCAAAUCCCAGCCACAAACCAACGGCCAGGACGAAUAUGGAGCCACCACCCCACACGCUGACGGAGACAGCGGCGGCGGGCCGGGCCACAUGGGUUCCAGUCCCGCCAACGAGUCGGCCAGGGCGCGCGCCGAGCGACUGGCCAGUAUAGAGGGUCACGGGUCCAGUGUGAUGUCAGGCCACAACAUCAACUAUGCCGUGGACGUGAGACUCAAGCCUUGCUUCGGGGCGGUACAGAAGAAACACAUUCUGAAGGAUGUCAAUGGUAUCUUCAAGCCAGGCAUGAAUGCCAUCCUAGGCCCUACUGGCAGCGGAAAGUCAUCGCUGCUGGAUGUCCUGGCAGGGAGAAAAGAGCCUAAGGGUCUCACUGGGACCAUUCUCCUGGAUGGUCUUCCUCCCCCGCAGAACUUCAAGUGUAUGGUCGGCUACGUGGUGCAGGAUGACGUGGUGAUGGGGACACUGACCAUCAGAGAGAACUUUGAGUUCUCUGCCAGACUCCGACUGCCCCGGUCAGUGACUGACGCCGAGCGGAAGGAGCGAGUGGACCAGGUCAUUUAUGAGCUUGGCCUCACUGAAGUGGCAGAUUCCAAAGUCGGCAACGAGUUUAUCCGAGGCGUGUCCGGCGGGGAGAGAAAGCGCUGUAACAUCGGCAUGGAGCUGAUUAUCUCCCCUCCCGUCCUGUUCCUGGACGAGCCCACCACCGGCCUGGACGCCAGCACGGCCAACGCCGUCAUGAUGCUGCUCAAGAAACUGUCUCAGAGAGGCCGGAACAUCAUCUUCUCGAUCCACCAGCCUCGUUACUCCAUCUUCCGACUGUUUGACUCCAUCAUGCUUCUGUCUCACGGCGAUGUCGUCUACCACGGCCGCUCCCAGGAAGCUCUCGACUAUUUCUCCUCAAUCGGCUAUGAGUGCGAACCUCACAACAACCCGCCCGACUUUUUCCUGGACAUCAUCAACGGUGACUCCACGGCCAUCUCCAGCCAGUACCUGGAGGAGAUGAAGUCCAAGCUCAACGCUGGCUCAGACAGUAAUGGUACUGCCAAAGAGACGCAUGUGGAGUUGGAAGAGACUACAGCAUUGAAGGAUCACUACUUGCAGUCGGCCUGGCGCAAAAAAGUUCAGGAUGAGCUUGACCCCAUCCUGGAGACCUACCACCGGGAAGGUCAGACAGUGCAGGUCAGGGCCAUCAGCUACAAGUCUUCUUUCGGCACACAGCUUGUAACAGUGUCUGGGAGAGCUCUAAAGAAUCUGAUCAGGAACCCUCAGGCAUCUAUUAUGCAGUUUGUCAUCGUUGCUCUGUUUGCUGCCAUCGUGGGGGGCGUGUACUUCCAGAUUGACCACUCCCUCAAGUCUGGCAUACAGAACCGAGUCGGUGCCUUUUUCUUCAUCAUCAUGAAUCAAGUAUUUGGCAACAUGUCUGCUGUAGAACUCUUCAUCAAAGAAAGAGCAAUCUUCAUGCAUGAGAACGUGAGUGGUUUCUACCGUGUGUCUGCGUUCUUCUUGGCCAAAGUGUUCUGUGACGUCGUCCCUAUGAGGUUCAUUCCUUCCUUCAUCUUUUCCUGCAUCGCAUACUGGAUGAUUGGUCUACGAGACGGUGCGGACUAUUUCUUUUUCUUCGCUCUGACCCUGUUCCUGACGGCCCUGUCAGCGUCCGCCAUGUCGUUCUUCAUCAGCUCCUCCGUGCGCAUCAUGGCAAUGGCCAACCUCUUCCUGGCUCUCUGCUAUGUCUUCAUGAUGCUGUUCAGCGGCCUGCUCAUCAACGUCAGUGACCUGGGAGACUGGAUCAGCUGGAUCAAAUACUUCAGUAUAUUCCGGUUUGGUCUUAACGCUCUAAAUGUGAAUGAGCUGAAAGGUCAGAGGUUCUGCGAUAAUUCCACGUCAUGGUAAGCUUCCAGUUUAGUUUUAGUAGACGUUUUACGG